ACGGGGUAUGUUAGACGAUGAUAUCUUGGAAGUCCUCGGAAGCACCGGAAGACUUUGACGACCAUGAGUCAGAAUCCACCUCGUAUCGAAGUUUGCAGCAGUAAUGGAUUGUCUUUUCCGGGGCACCAAGGUCAAAUGCGUAGACAGAGAAUUGGCGAGUGAGGCGACGAAGGCCGUAAAGAUGUAUAAGGAAGCAAUCUUAAACAUCACGUCAGCCGAUACAAGAGGCAAAAAGAUUGACCUCCUAAUCAAAUAUGGAUCCACACAAGGCGUUGAAAUCAGUUCGAAUGAAUUCAAGUCACCUCAGCCAACGCCCAUAGCCGCAUUGCAACAACAGUGCAAAAAUCUGAGAACCAACGCCGCCAUCCUCAACAUCAUUCGAUCGUUGGACCCACGCAAAUCGUCUACACAUGUCGCAGCAGUGGAUUGGCUUGGUUCGGUGGGGUACCUCUACCUUAUGGCUGACAUUGAUGGGCUCUAUUACGCCCAGAAGGUGGGUAUACUCUCUUUGCCCAGGUCGCUGCAUGACGUUCCGGAUUUCCGAUCUACCUUGGAUUCUACUUUGUUACCAGUGCGAAAUUUUGAAUUCUGGAUCGAAAGCUACCGCUGUCUUGGCCAAACGACGAGAUUUAGGCCAGCUCUGUGAACUUGUCCCCCCGUGCGAUUUCAGAUUGAAGAAGUUACACUUGGAUGAGCACGGCUGCAAAUUCUCAAGGCACCACUACACCGG